UAGUGAAAACUUUUCGACGGAACACCCAUAAAGGUUUGUCGUGAAUUUGGAGCAGCGUCGUGAAGAUGGUGGUCGCUGGUAGUACACAGUAGAUCACUCACGGAGGAGACCGCUAGUCAGCAGUCUCUCUCUCGCGCGCACACGAGUUGGUUAUUUGACACUGAGAUCGCGUCUCAGCAGGACCAUCAAGUAGUUCGCAGAGACGGCUGCAGAAGUCGUCAGUGGGAGUUGAUGUUCAUGGCAGUGGAUGGUAUCAGGGGAAAACUAGUCUAUCCACUGGAGAGAACUUCGGAGGCCGAGAGAGAGUGACCAGAAAGUUGAAGGAACUCAUCCCAGUGGGAAAUAACGCUGUCGCGAACUCACGAUAUAGAAAGUGCGGGGUUGGUGGCGGUUUCAGUGAACUAGCGCCAGUAUGACCGUGACUGUACUCGAGUUGUCUCUGUAGUCUUGUGCAAUAACACGCAGAGGAAGUGGCUUCCCGUUUAACUCUGACACUGACCUUGGGUGGCCCGCCAACUGGCAACACACCCAAAGGGAGUGUUGACCCCUCGUGUGACUAAGCAGAAUGCAGAAGCCAAUGCCAAGGACAUCGCUUCAACAGCUGUCAGGAUAACUAGCGGAACCCACAUUUUUUUCCGCUCCUUUUUUGCAUGUGGCAGGUGUCUCGUUGCUGUUAUCAUUCUUUAGUCAGUGACCUUCCGCAACUGGUGCUUUGAGUUCCUAUAGUAUUUCGAAAUAUCCUCGCUGAUACCGGAUGGAAUGAGUUUGUGCUUGCGGUACCUACUGGAAUAUCUCAGCUCUUCGUUCUCGUGAAGUGUAAGAAUACUGAGAAAAAUGUCCGUUCAUACGAGUGAUUACUGGUCUGACAGAGGAAUCUCGCAACAGUACUUCAACCUCGGAGAGUUCAACUACAACCCAGAAAACAGUGACCCGGGGUCUCUCCUCCCUUCUAGUCUCGAUGGAAAUAACUCAGCAUCCAUGUUGCCAAACACGGUGGGGUCUCUCGCCCAGACGCGAGACCUCUUGCAAAGCUGCAUCGACGGCAGCAGCGAUGGUUAUCACAGCUCGACCCCAGAUGACCUGACCUCAGAAUGCUCCCCGAAUUCAGAGCUUCCACCCCGAAUGCAACCAGGUGACCGCGACCCUAACAAGGAUUUAGUGUCGGAGGCAUAUCCAAAUUUAGAGUAUUACCAGGCUGCAUACCCAGCAACCACUGACUUAAGCAGUUUAACGGCGGCUUAUUCGUAUGCAGGUACCAGUGCCACUUCCGUCAACAACUGGACCGGCUCCCAUUGCAACAAUCCCGACGGUGACAAGGGACACCAGCAGGAACACUUUAUACCGCCGGAGAAUCCGCCAUCUUUGGUCACGCACUAUAAACCCCUGAGAAUUCGUCGGAGGCCUCCGAAGGUAGUUGGAAACGAGGUCCUUCGCAAAAGGCGGCUGGCUGCCAACGCCCGGGAGAGAAGGAGAAUGAACGGCCUCAACGACGCCUUCGAGAAACUCCGGGAGGUGGUCCCGGCACUCGGAAACGACAGGAAGCUCUCGAAGUUCGAAACGUUGCAAAUGGCGCAGACCUACAUCACGGCCCUUGCGGAACUUCUCAGAAGAGCUGACGCGGAAAGUGCUGCUGCCGCUGCUGCGGCUGCGGCUGCGACGUCGCCCAGAGAACUUGAUCGCAGGUAGGGGAAACUGUCGCAAAAAUACAUUCAUGCCGAUUAUUCUUAUCAAGUAGCUCUCCCAAACAGCAGGCCACGGAUCUCAUAUUCUCACGAGUUUAGCAAUUAGCUCAUUUCAUUUCUUUGUCCAAAUGUCAAUAGCUUCAAUAAUCACUGUACUGAUUUAUAUUUGAUUUAGAUCAUUUAUGUAUUUGCUCAAUUUCAAAUGAGUGUUUGGCAAGAGGUGUAUUUUUGUGUAAGUUUUCCCUAAGACAAUGUUUUUUUUUUUUUCUUUCUAAAAAAAUCAGUUAUUGUUCUU